UUCUUCUUCUCCUUUAACGUCAAAAAAAAUCUCUCCUCCAUCAAAAUCCUCCAACGAUGACAACCAUAGCUGCAAGCGGUCUCAACGUCGCGACUCCGCGAGCGGUGGUUCGACCUGCGGCUCGCCUAUCCGCCCCGGUCCGUUUGAAUUACCCGUGGAGAUUCGGUUCUAUGAACCGGAUGGUUAUGGUUAAGCCGAUUAAGGCGACAUCAGAAGGAGGGAUAUCGGAUAAGGUGGAGAAGAGUAUACAGGAAGCGAAGGAGACAUGCGCCGACGAUCCGGUGAGCGGCGAGUGUGUGGCGGCGUGGGACGAGGUGGAGGAGCUGAGUGCGGCGGCGAGUCACGCUAGGGACAAGAAGAAAGCUGGUGGAUCCGAUCCUUUGGAAGAAUACUGCAGUGAUAAUCCUGAGACUGAUGAGUGUCGCACUUAUGAUAAUUAAUUGAAAGUGUUUUUGAUGUUUGAUAAUAUAUUAAAAUUGAAAAAUUAGGUACGGUCAGAAUCAGAUCGAUCUUUCUUCUUCUUCUUGCUGUUAUUGUUGUUGUUGUUGUCCUCGUACGUGUUUGGUUUGGUUUCUUUGGUGCUUGUAAUGUGAUAAUGAAUAUGAUGAAUAGUACACUACACAAGAGGUGUUUCAUAGAU